AUGGCGCAGCAACCGCAGGGCUUGUCCCGUACUCUCCCCAAGGAUUUCACAUUUUCAUCGGUCGAUGCAAGCGCACCGAAGACGCCCGAACACCCUUUCACUGAACUAGAAAUGCCACCUCCUCCCCGUCACUCAAGUUGUCGUAUAGGAAAACCCCGGUUGCGAGGUCCAGUCAAUCUGUUUACAAGUACAGAGGGUGAGCCCAAUAUUUUCGACCUCAGCAGAGCCGAUGUUCCUCUUCCAUCGAUCGAGUUUCCCCCAUCUUCGGAAGUGUCUGAGCCAGAGCAGCCUCCAAAUGAGCCCGUCACCUCCGAUCUCCUGCAAGUUCCCUCUUCGAGACGCAUGGCGUUCAAGACACCACCAGCUCAGAUCCGAACAACGCCUUUCAACUUCCCGGAAACGACGCCAUGGAGUUCUGACGAUGCACAGGAGAUUGGGAGCUCAAUUGAACGUCCGGGUACGGCAUGUUCCAGGGCAUCAGACUCUUCAGUUUCCUCGGUCGAGACGUACAUGACCCAGCCUUCCCUAGGCGGUGGAAGCUGUACCAGCCUGGAAAGCGAUGUUCAUGACUCCUUUGACUCUAAUCCUGCAGAGGCGAACAAGUUUCUUCUCGAGUCUCCGUCGCGGCCGACAACUACCCGGAGACGAUCCCUUGAACUACCAAGGGAGAAAUCGAGAUGGACAGCAGAUAUGGACAAUCAUCUCUGGAAUACGUACCAGCUCUAUCUGCAAGAUCCUACCAUCACACCAUUCAAAAUGCUUCCCGGUAGUUUGCCUCCGCUCGGAGUCUCUCACAAAGUGGCCCGUGAAGCAAAGAAGACGUGGGCUCGGAAGAAACUCAAAGGUCAGCAACCAAUCCAUUCAUCACUUUUUCAGGCGACUGACGCGGAUCGUUCAGGGGCCCCUGGCAAAGAAGACGGAGCUUCUGCAGGCAACCGGAGUGGCAGCAGUACACCGACUGCGAAGGUCGAACCAGUGAAGCCUCGUUGGCCAAGAUCCGAAGCUGCAACGAGGAGGCGGCUCAAAUUCCUCUGUAAACGAAAGUUAUCGAUCGCUCCACACUAUCAGCGAAUGUUACAAUCUCGCAGCCCCUCGCCUUUCCCGGAUGUUUUCUCCCUGACUGCUCGGGAACCUCCCAGAUCCAACGCAGGGCACAGCAAUCCGGCAACAUUUGCUACCCGCGAGCUUGGAGUUUCCCUCGUCUCGAAUUCUCUUCCUACAGCGCUUUCGCAACUUGCUGCUACACCUGAUCAUGCUUCCGGGCAGGAAAGGAGUGAUGAUUGGUUCAACCACCCAGUGAGACAGCCUGUUCAGCAGGCCGGCAACUCGGGCUCGACGGCAGCAGUCAUCCUGUCCGGUACCGAUCCUAUACCCCGUCUUGGCUCUCCUUUUAUGUACAACACAUGGGGUCCUGAUCACUCGCGCCGUCCUGCUCCCCCAACCACACCGGCCAGGCGACGGGGCACGAUCCAUGUAACUGGCUCAAGACUGAGAUCGCCUCCGCGUAUGGAGCUCAAUUCGAAUGUACACAAGCGCCGUGCAACGCAUCAGCUCGAUCUCAGCCCCAACGCUGGCGGCAUCCAGCGUAACAUCCAGGACCUCUUCCGCGGGGGCAAGUUGAAGGACGGCCAGCGACGAGUGCGUCUUCGCAAUCGCGGGAACACCACUGCUGGUUUCACUUCGAAGGAACGCCUCGAACAACUGUUCUCCCCCCUUUCGCCUUUCCAAGUUCCUGGUAGCUCCAGCCAUGAUCGAGCGGAGACGCAGGACGUUCGUAAUGACCUGUUGCACCCGGGUGGAGAGACUAUUCGGCGUUUGGGCUCACCAUUCAAAUUCGACCCCGGACCACGCAUCGACCGUUCACCAAGGACUCCACGUCAUGCUCCCUCGCUCUCAGAUCCAUUCGCCGGAAGUUCCUUCCACAGACAGAUCAAACGUGACGAUCCUAGUCAGGUCUCUCCCAUCAAAGAGCAAGAAACACCUGUGCGACUUCCUUAUGACCCGACGGAGGAGGGAAUUUCUGAUGCUGAGCGAAUUCGGAGGCAGAUUCUGAACUUGCCAUUCACGAAGAAAUAA